CUCAGUUACUAUGAAAUUGGGGUAUCUUGAGAAUUACUUAUAGGAAGAAAUAUGCAAUCGAGUCGUAAUUAAACGGCUGAAAUUCAGGGAAAGAAUUUGUUUGACAAGAGUAGCCUACGUGUAGCGGCACCCACCCACCCGGUUUUCCUCGGGGGAUGGCUACUCGUAGGCUAGGCCCGAGGAGCUAGGGGCUAAGCCAGAGUUGUGUGUUUUGGGGCGGGGUUUUAAUUGAGUCGAUACUAGCAAACUUUAGGGGCUGGUUGUUCGAAAGCCGGUUAAUAGUAAUUCAUGAUUAAUCGUGUGUUUUCACUAAUUAUCGCCAUAAAUUUGACAGUGAGCCAUAAUGUGGACAACACUACAAUAUCGUUACACCACGUAUUUACCGUAAAAGCGACUCUGCUCAGUCUUCCUCUGUCCCACUCCCUUGGAAAGGUGAGCGUUCCUCAUAUGUUUCCCUUUACGAACUUUGCUCGCUGCUUUUCGAGAUCGGUGUUCUUGAGAUACGGGGCGAACGCUGCGACAACAACAGGCCUUUCCAGCAAUUUCUAUAGAUACUCUUGGCCUAUCCUUCGGACAAUGGCAUCGGCUAGUGGAGACGGAGAAGAUGUGAAACCCAAACAUACGAACCGUCUGCAGCAUUCGAAAUCCCCCUACCUUCUGCAACACAAGCACAACCCAGUAGAUUGGUUUCCUUGGGGAGAUGAAGCAUUUGAAAAGGCCAAAGAAGAAAACAAACCUAUUUUCUUAUCUGUGGGUUACUCCACUUGCCAUUGGUGCCAUGUGAUGGAGAGAGAAUCCUUUGAAAGUGAAGAGAUUGCACAAAUCCUCAAUGAAAAAUUUGUUUCUGUAAAAGUGGACCGAGAAGAAAGGCCUGAUGUGGACAAAGUCUAUAUGACAUACAUACAGGCUAUGACAGGGGGAGGUGGCUGGCCUAUGAGUGUGUGGCUAACACCCGACUUGAAACCCUUUGUGGGUGCCACAUACUUUCCGCCUGAGGAUCAGGUUGGCGGUCGACCAGGAUUCAGAACUAUUCUCAACCAUAUUUCUAAGCAGUGGCAAGAAAACAGAGACAAACUGACUCAGCAGGCAAAUAUAAUUUUAAAUGCCAUCCAGCAACACACAGGAGAAAUGCACAAGGCAAGCGAGACAGGAGACAUGCCUAGUACUGAGUGUAUUGACAAACUGUUAAGUGACAUGAGUACAAGUUUUGAUGAGGAGUAUGGUGGAUAUGGUGGAGCACCAAAAUUCCCACAAGCAACAAAUUUUAACUUUCUGUUGCGGUACUAUUCUUAUAAGUCUGAUACUGAAGAUGGUAAGAAAGCACUUGGUAUGGUGGUAAAGACGCUGGAAUUCAUGGAGAAAGGUGGAAUACAUGAUCAUGUUGGACAGGGAUUUCACAGGUAUUCAACGGAUCGUUUCUGGCAUGUACCUCAUUUUGAGAAGAUGUUGUAUGAUCAGGCACAACUGGCUGCCCUGUAUGCUGAUGGGUACCAGGCCAGCAAAAACGAGAACUUUGCAGAAACUACCCGAGACAUAUUGUUGUAUGUUAUGCGUGAUUUAAGCCACAAGGCUGGUGGUUUCUUUUCUGCUGAAGAUGCCGAUUCCUUGCCGAGCGAAACAGACACUCACAAGAAAGAGGGAGCCUUCUGCGUGUGGGAGGAGGAAGAGAUUAGAAAGCUGCUGCAAGAAGAACGAGUCACAACGAAAUCUGGCGAGAGCGUCCCUGUGUUGUACCUGGUCUUAAAGCAUUAUGGGGUGGAGAAUGAGGGCAAUGUCAAAGCUCAUCAGGACCCUCACAGGGAACUUCGAGGCAAGAAUGUCCUCAUAGUGCGAGGCAGCUUACAAGAGACAGCUCGACUGAGUGAUGUGGAUGAAGCAGAAGCAAAGGAGCAGCUAGCUCGAGCUCGGGAAAUCCUGUUUGAAGAGCGACGAAACAGACCACCACCUCACUUGGAUACUAAGAUGAUCACAGCUUGGAACGGUCUAAUGAUUUCUGGUUUGGCUCGGGCGGCUCAAGUUCUUGGUGAAGAUGUGUACGAGAAAAGAGCAGCUAAAGCAGCCGAGUUUGUGAGGAAACACUUGUUUGACGAGAAAUCUGGAAAACUCUUGCGCAGUUGCUACCGAGGGGAAAGUGGCGAGGUGAUGCAGAUCGACGCACCUAUUUUCGGAUUUGCUGACGACUACGUGUUCAUGAUUCGCGGAUUGUUGGACCUGUAUGAAGCAUCCCUGGACGAGCAGUGGUUACGAUGGGCCGUGGAGCUACAGGCCAAGCUAGAUGAACUGUUUUGGGACAGUACUGGGGCAGGGUACUUCAUGGCGACCCCUGAUGAUCCUUCCAUUCUUGUCAGGAUGAAAGAAGCUCAAGAUGGUGCGGAGCCUAGCGCUAACUCGUCAUCCGUCGGUAACUUAAUAAGAUUAUCCAGCUACACUGACCAGAAGGAAUAUUUCACACGGGCAGAGGAGAUUAUCAAGGCCUCCGUAACCCUUUUGUCCAAGCUUCCUCUUGCACUGCCCGAGUUGGUUUCAAACUAUAUCAUGUACCUUCAUCCCAAAAAACAGAUCAUUAUCGCUGGUGACCGGGACUCAGCGGACACUAAGGAUCUUCUAAAGUGUGUUCAUUCGCACUACAUGCCAAACAAAGUGCUCAUGCUAUGUGAUGGCAACCAAGAUAGUUUCCUCGCUUCUAAGCUGCCUGUUUUCAAGACGCUGGAACGGAAGGAGGGCAAAGCCACAGCAUACGUCUGCAAGGACUAUACUUGUUCCCUACCGGUGAACUCUGUAGACGAACUGGAAAAGAUUUUGUCGAGAUAUUCAUGGUCUUUUUUUCAGGCCAGCAAAAACGAGAACUUUGCAGAAACUACCCGAGACAUAUUGUUGUAUGUUAUGCGUGAUUUAAGCCACAAGGCUGGUGGUUUCUUUUCUGCUGAAGAUGCCGAUUCCUUGCCGAGCGAAACAGACACUCACAAGAAAGAGGGAGCCUUCUGCGUGUGGGAGGAGGAAGAGAUUAGAAAGCUGCUGCAAGAAGAACGAGUCACAACGAAAUCUGGCGAGAGCGUCCCUGUGUUGUACCUGGUCUUAAAGCAUUAUGGGGUGGAGAAUGAGGGCAAUGUCAAAGCUCAUCAGGACCCUCACAGGGAACUUCGAGGCAAGAAUGUCCUCAUAGUGCGAGGCAGCUUACAAGAGACAGCUCGACUGAGUGAUGUGGAUGAAGCAGAAGCAAAGGAGCAGCUAGCUCGAGCUCGGGAAAUCCUGUUUGAAGAGCGACGAAACAGACCACCACCUCACUUGGAUACUAAGAUGAUCACAGCUUGGAACGGUCUAAUGAUUUCUGGUUUGGCUCGGGCGGCUCAAGUUCUUGGUGAAGAUGUGUACGAGAAAAGAGCAGCUAAAGCAGCCGAGUUUGUGAGGAAACACUUGUUUGACGAGAAAUCUGGAAAACUCUUGCGCAGUUGCUACCGAGGGGAAAGUGGCGAGGUGAUGCAGAUCGACGCACCUAUUUUCGGAUUUGCUGACGACUACGUGUUCAUGAUUCGCGGAUUGUUGGACCUGUAUGAAGCAUCCCUGGACGAGCAGUGGUUACGAUGGGCCGUGGAGCUACAGGCCAAGCUAGAUGAACUGUUUUGGGACAGUACUGGGGCAGGGUACUUCAUGGCGACCCCUGAUGAUCCUUCCAUUCUUGUCAGGAUGAAAGAAGCUCAAGAUGGUGCGGAGCCUAGCGCUAACUCGUCAUCCGUCGGUAACUUAAUAAGAUUAUCCAGCUACACUGACCAGAAGGAAUAUUUCACACGGGCAGAGGAGAUUAUCAAGGCCUCCGUAACCCUUUUGUCCAAGCUUCCUCUUGCACUGCCCGAGUUGGUUUCAAACUAUAUCAUGUACCUUCAUCCCAAAAAACAGAUCAUUAUCGCUGGUGACCGGGACUCAGCGGACACUAAGGAUCUUCUAAAGUGUGUUCAUUCGCACUACAUGCCAAACAAAGUGCUCAUGCUAUGUGAUGGCAACCAAGAUAGUUUCCUCGCUUCUAAGCUGCCUGUUUUCAAGACGCUGGAACGGAAGGAGGGCAAAGCCACAGCAUACGUCUGCAAGGACUAUACUUGUUCCCUACCGGUGAACUCUGUAGACGAACUGGAAAAGAUUUUGUCGAGAUAAAAGGUGCAACUUGGUUGGUUUUUUUUUUCGUUAUGCAAACGUAGUCGUUCGUAUGAAACAUCUGGUUUUGUGCCUCGAGGAUGUAACUGACAUUCAAGUCUAUAUAUGGUCCAGUGGGGAGCGCCUGUUCUGACCUCGUUGCCAGGAUUUCUCUUCUUUUCUCGCUCCAGGGGAUGGGAAGAAGUCUGGGAACGAUUUAGCGCCAUUUCGUGUUGCGCCACUAGUGAACGAAACAAGGAAGUAAUUUUUUUUUUCGAUUAAUAGACUACUGUAAUUUAAACGAAUUGAGUUAAAGAACUCUUAAUAGCAUGUACGACUUUUAGAGGAUUGCCUUUACAAUUAGAUUCCGCGUUAACUUUUACGUAAAACUCUGAGCCAGGUUAACGUAGUUAGGAUUUAUGAAAUAAAA